AUGCACAGAAGGUCACCUGACGGUCGAUUUAUAGUAGAGCUGCCGCUAAAAUCUGACGUACCCUUGGGAGCCUCACGAAGUUAUGCUGUUCGAAGUCUACUAAGCAUCGAAAAAAGACUUGCGCGAGAUGACGACCUAUGCCAACGCUACAAUGAGUUCAUGCAAGAACUCAUCGACAUGAAGCACAUGGAACUUGCACCACCGCCAACGGAUCAAACGUUCUAUAUGCCGCAUCACCCCGUUGUAAAAGAGUCAAGCGUCACGACUAAAUUGAGAGUCGGGUUCAAUGCGUCCGCCAAAACCACCACCGGGAAUUCGUUGAACGAUGCAUUAUUUGUUGGUCCCCAAUUGCAACCUGAUUUAUAUUCAAUUUUAACCCGUUUCAGAACACAUCGCUACGCAGUAACCGCGGACAUGGCGAAAAUGUACCGCCAAAUAUGCAUGUCCACGAAAAACCUCGAUCUACACCGCACUGUCUGGCGUCGUGACCCGACGUUACCCAUAAAGGAUUAUCGCAUGUUGCGCGUUACUUAUGGUGUUGCCGCUGCGUCCUACUUAGCCGUUAAAUCGCUGCAACAAACCGCAAAAUAUUCGUCACACAUUUGUGAGAAGGCUGCUGCCGUCAUGCAUAAGGACUUUUACAUGGAUGAUCUCCUCACUGGUGCGUAUUCUAAAGAAGAGCUGCUACGUUUACAACGAAACGUCUCCGAAAUACUGAAGGGGGCUUCGAAAUUCGAAAAUGGGCUAAUUGUGCGGAACUUUCCGAAAAUGUUACUGGGAGAUUGGCAUAAAAAGAGUCAAAUAUCAUCUGAAACGUGUUAUAAGCGAAAUUCUUCUGUCCUACGAAGAGUUCAACACGCUGCUAACAGAAGUAGAAGCCUGCGUCAACUCCCGCCCACUCUGUGA